AUGGCUACUGGUGACCGGCUAAUAGUGACUCUAACGAUUGAAGCAAAACUUGAAAUCGAAUGCUCCUGGAUGCGGGAAUCGCUGGUGGACUGGAUCUUCCAGGGACCGGUCUGCGCUGUGCUCAUCAUCAAUCUGGUGUUCCUUAUUCGAAUCAUGUGGGUACUGAUCACAAAGUUGCGCUCGGCAAACACGGUCGAAACCCGUCAAUAUCGCAAGGCAUCGAAGGCACUGCUGGUGCUGAUUCCCCUGCUGGGCAUAACCUACCUGGUGGUGUUGGCCGCACCCGCCGAGGGCGUCGUCAGUGACAUUUUCGCGGUUGCCCGGGCAUUGCUGCUUAGCACGCAGGGCUUCUCGGUAUCAUUAUUCUACUGCUUCCUGAACUCGGAGGUCCGGCUGGCGCUGAGACACCGACUGGAGCGUUGGCGAGACGAACGGAACAUCCGGCUGGGGCAAGUUCGCCAGCGAAGCCGCCGGUGUUUAAGUUUCGAAAAUCAAGACGGAUUCCUAACUUGUACCACCACCGUUGAGUGUACAGUUUAGGGAUUUCUUCCCUAGAGCAUGCG